UUCUUUUUUUUUAUUUUCUUUUAUUUUUUUAUUUAUAAAAAAAAAACAAGCAAAACGGAGAUAACAAAAGUUCUUUCUUUCUAUCUUUUUUUUUUUUCUUCCUCUGUCUAUCAAUUAUCUAAUCUUCUCUCCAUUAUACUUUUGGUCAUUAGCUACGCCAAUUAUUCUUCCAGUAAUAAACGGUACCUAAACUCACUUUUUUUUUUUUCUUAUGGGUCAACUCUUAUCAAAUUUUAAAAGUGAGGCUUCUAUACCUGACUUUGGGUUUGAUAUCGAAAAUACAACCCCAUCCAAUGAAGAUCGAGAACUUUAUGAAGAAAUACAUACAAAAUUAGUAGCUCCUACUCCUCAAUUGCUGGAACAAUUGAAGAAUUAUACUCCUUCUGAUGCCUUCAAAAUCGCUAUUGAAAAUGCUACACCAGAAAAUGAAGAAAAAGCUUGGCAAAUGGUUUUACCUACUGUAGAAAUGUUAAAUGCUUUUUAUCAAUAUGCCUCCGAACUGCAGGUCAGUCUUCCGAAAUUAUUAUCAGUCUUAUGUAAAGAUAAUCACUUUGAUCAACAUCCUGGAUUAACCAAAUUAUUAGCGGAAAUCUUGGACUUUGUAUUUGAUUUUGAUUAUUGGAAAAUUCGAACACCAACAUUAUUAAAUAAUUUUGCUUAUUAUCGACGACUUUUAGCAGGUGGACGAUAUCAUCCAUCACCCAUUACAGUAAAAACAAAUGAUCACAACGUAUCCGAUUUACGAUCAGCCAUGCAAGAAGAUGAUCAAGCACACAAAAUCACCAUGUUCUUGGCUCCACCUACUCCCAUGUUCACCACUGUCAUUGAUACUAUCACCAACUAUGUCAACAAACAAGGUUUACAACGUAGUGUAACUGAUUGUUUAGUAGCAUUAUGGGCUGCUUGUGUACAAGGUCUUUCCAAUAAAAAAAAACCUUUGGAUGAUCCAACCACUUCUACUUAUUUAAAAUCUAUGGUGGCAUCUAUUAUUUUAUAUGAUCAUAUCGAUUCUCAAGGUGCUUAUUCGAAACAAUCAUGUAUCAACAUGAAAACUUCCAUCAAAUUGAUCCAAACCACUCCCGAUCUACCUGAAGAAUCAUCAGCCGAAAACCUGUUAUCUGCAUUGCGAUACAAUUCAAAACAUCUUAAAGAUGAUACGACACCCAAAAGUAUCAAAUUUCUACUCCUUUCUUCCUGAUGGACAUCCCCCCAAAAAAGAUUUUUCUUCUCCUACUUUGUUUAUUUAUACCCUAUUUCUCUCUCUCUCUUUUUUUAUCGUUUUACUUUUUUUUUUCCCUUUAUAUCUUGUAUCUUUGUCUCUUCUUCUUCUCCUUCUUUUUUUUUUUCUUUUUUUU